UCUUGAAUGAAUAGCUAAAGCAACUUCCAGCUUUCUUAGACAAAAGGGAGAAGAGCUUCCAUGUCUGAAAUUUAUUCUAUAUGAAAUUCUUCACAUUGGCUUGAGAUUUGAAAGCAUGCAGGACAGAAGUUGUGAGAAAGCUGUACCCCUGUCUUUUAUGAUGGAGGCUUACUCUACAGAGAAAGGCACUCAUGUGGGAAAUCAUGAAAGCACAUCUGAGGAUUCCUCAUCUUAUGAACUCUUCUAUGAUUCCCUAUCUGACAUACAGGAUCGGGAAUUUUCAAAUGAGCUGUCUGCCUUCCUCAGUGAAGAUGAGGUAAGCAAAAGCCUGGAACUUGCUCAUAAAUCUAUUGUGAAGCCUGUAAAGGAGGAUGGAAAAGCAAACCAGGAGUUAACAUAUGCCUCUUCCUGCAAGACCAAAGGAGAUGAUCAAGACACUUCCAAGAGGACUCAGGUGACCAGCCCAAACUCACUACUGAUUUCAGCACAAACUCUCCCAGAGCAAAAGAAUCAGAAUACAUAUCCUCAGGAAGCAAACAGGGUUCACAGUGUUACUGGGAAACAAUCCAGUAUAUCACCCCUGUUGCCUGCAAGACCCAGCUUCAUUCGGAGUCUAAAACAUGCUGAAAGAUGUAGUCCAAGCAUGCAAAAGCUGAGCCCCGACUUCAAAACAACUUCUGCAGGUGAUGUUCCCUUCAAGAAUAAACUGUGUGACAAAGCAGCUAAUUUAAUUGAAGAACUCUCUUCCAUCUUUCGAGAAGCCACCAAGACAAGAGUCAGGAGCCCAGAUGGGAACUCUUCUUCUCCAGAUAGUGGAUAUCUUUCUCCAAAAAACAAACAAAUAACCAUGUCUAAUUCCUUAAGGAACCCCACCCCUGACAAAACAUGCCCAGAGAUCACACCUGAGAAUGAGGUAUCUGAAGUCACUCAUACUGGAACAUCUGUGCUCCAAAGGAAAGACGGCUCUCAGGCCAAUGAGAAUGCCUCCCUGUAUCAGGUCAAACAAGAGAUCCACAGUCAACCUUCACCCCCUCGAUUUACCCAGAAACUCAGGAGUCAAGAAGUUGCAGAAGGAAGGAAGGUGCUGCUUGAGUGCAGAGUUGCUGGAAAUCCAACACCUCAUGUCAGGUGGUUCUGUGAAGGCGAAGAGCUGCAAAAUUCUCCUGAUAUUCAGCUCUGUUCUGAAAGCGGAGGACUCCACACACUAAUUAUAGCAGAAGCCUUUGAGGACGAUACAGGGCGCUACUGUUGCCUGGCCUCAAAUUCUGUUGGUUCUGAUUCUACUUCAGCGGAACUAUUUGUUGAAGGUGCCAGCUCUUCUGAUUCUGACAGUGAAAUUUUCAGAUCAAAAUCUGGAGGCAUGCCACAGGCCCAGAAGAAAAGCACUUCUGUUUCUUUAACAAUAGGAUCUUCUGCUCCAAAGGCUGGAAUCACUACAGCAGUAAUCCAGCCUCUAUCUGUGCCUAAUCAUCAGGUCCAAAGUCCUACUUCAUACCUCUGCAGAUUAGAUGGGUCAAAACCUAGUCAUGCUGCGCCUAUCUUUACAAAGGAACUACAAGAUUCAACAGCAAGUGAAGGACAAGUAGUUGUACUUGAGUGCAGAGUGAGAGGAGCACCUCCUUUGCACGUCAUCUGGUCUCGGCAAGGAACUGAAAUACAGGAUUCCCCAGACUUCCGAAUUCUUCAAAAAAAGCCCCGGUCUGCCUCUGAACCUGAGGAGAUAUGUACUGUUGUAAUCGCAGAGACCUUUCCUGAGGAUGCAGGAACCUUCACAUGUACAGCAAGAAAUGAUUAUGGAUCAGUCACAAGCAGUGCAAAGCUGACUGUACUGUCAGCCUCUUCUGAAAGCUCCAGGUAUGACUUUUCAAUGAGAGAACAGAACAAUGAUGACUUCCUCCACUUCCCACCUCCACCUCCAAAUCUUGAGAUUAGUUCUGUUGAGCUUCCUCCAAAGCACUCAGAGAGCCACCAGAUGAACAAUGCUAGAUCGAGUGUAGCAGCAUUUCAAUUACAGCUCAACUCUUCAGAGAAGGAAACAAAUGGUGUUCAUCCCAGUCAUGGAGUAAAUGGGGUGAUUAAUGGCAACACCAGUAUUGAUAAAUCUGCUCCUCAUCCUGAUGGCCUGCUUUCACCCACAAAAACACCACCACCGGUGCUUGCUAAGCCAAAGCUGGACCCUCUGAGAAUCCAGCAGCUACAGAACCAAAUCCGGUUGGAAAAAGAAGCUGACCAGUGGUGUCAUCAGAAGCAAGCUGGUUUCCGCCAAACUCUGCCCUUGUCUCCUACUUUCCCCCCUCCACCUUCAUUCCAAGAACUUGAGUCCAGCCACUCUGUUGCUUCUCCUGUGCAAAUGAGUGUUCUCAACUCCCAUUCUGCUCCAGCCAUGCAGUCGUCCAGCUCCUUCAACUAUACCCGUCCUAAGCAGUUCAUUGCUGCACAGAACAUCAGCCCUGCUUCUAGCUACAUGACUCCUUCCUCUGGAUCUUCUACAUCAAGCCUCCCAUCCCCCAUGUCUCCCACUGCUUCUCAGAAACAAUUUGGCAGAACAUCUGUUCCCCCUUUCUCUCAGCCCUUUGCUCCUGAGGGAGAGUACGCUUGGUCUCCUUCCCCACCCCCUCCCCCUCCUCCUGUUUUUAGUCCAACUUCUUCCUUUUCUGUAGCUGAUUCCUUUCCCCUACCACCCCCUCCUCCACCCCCUCUCCCAGCCUCAGCCCCUUCACCCUCUCGCAGUCUUUCUCCAACAUCAAGAUUUUCAAACUCUAGCCAGUCCCCAGCAGCCUUCCUCAGCUCGAUGCUACCCUCCCAGCCACCUCCAGUCUCUGUUAAUGCACUAGGACUUCCAAAAGGUGUCACACCUCCGGGAUUUCCAAAGAAAACAGGCAGAACUGCUAGGAUUGCAUCUGAUGAAGAAAUUCAGGGCACAAAAGAUGCUGUUAUUCAGGACCUGGAAAGAAAGCUUCGUUUCAAAGAAGAUCUAUUGAACAAUGGACAACCGAAGUUAACCUAUGAGGAGAAGAUGGCUCGUCGACUGCUAGGUGCUGACAGUGCUGCAACAGUCUUCAACAUUCAAGAGCCGGAAGAAGAACUGGCAGGACAGGGAAUGGGCUCUCUUGAUGGUUCUGUAGUGAUUCCUGAGGAUGUUCAGAAGGAAUAUAAAGUCUCCAGCUUUGAGCAGAGACUGAUCAGUGAGAUUGAGUUUCGGCUGGAGAGAUCUCCUGUAGAGGAGUCUGAUGAUGAGGUGGAGGAUGGAGAACACCUCGACAACAGUGUGGCACCGUAUUUUGAGAUGAAGCUGAAACAUUACAAAAUAUUUGAAGGAAUGCCAGUCACCUUUACAUGCAGUGUGUCUGGAAACCCAAAUCCAAAGAUCUAUUGGUUCAAAGAUGGAAAGCAAAUAUCUAAAAGGAGUGAGCACUACAGGAUGCAAAGAGAACCUGAUGGGACCUGCUCUCUCCAUACCACAGCUUCCACUCUAGAUGACGAUGGGAAUUACACUAUCAUGGCUGCCAACCCUCAGGGCAGGGUAAGCUGUACAGGAAGGCUGAUGGUCCAAGCUGUCAACCAGAGAGGGCGUAGUCCCCGGACACCACCUAGCCAGCCUCAUGUCAGAAGACCACGAUCUCGAUCAAGGGAUAGUGGAGAUGAAAAUGAACCAAUUCAGGAACGUUUCUUUCGACCUCAUUUCCUGCAGGCCCCAGGAGAUCUGAUUGUUCAAGAAGGAAAACUUUGCAGAAUGGACUGCAAGGUCAGUGGCUUGCCAACUCCAGAUAUCAGCUGGCAACUCAAUGGAAGAGUAAUGCGUUCUGAUAGCUCCCACAAAAUGCUUGUACGUGAAAAUGGUGUGCACUCCUUGAUCAUAGAGCCUGUCACAGCAAAGGAUGCCGGCAUCUAUACAUGUGUUGCCACCAAUCGAGCUGGUCAGAACACAUUCAGCCUGGAACUGAUUGUAGCAGCUAAGGAAGCACACAAGCCACCUGUAUUUGUAGAAAAGCUACAAAACACAGGAGUAGCUGAGGGGUAUCCCGUGCGACUGGAAUGCCGGGUUUCAGGUGUGCCACACCCUCAGAUCUUCUGGAAGAAAGAAAAUGAGUCACUGACAUACAACACUGACAGAGUGAGCAUGCACCAGGAUAACCAUGGCUAUAUCUGCCUGCUUGUUCAGGGAGCUACAAAAGAUGAUGCUGGUUGGUACACUGUGUCAGCAAAGAAUGAGGCUGGGAUUGUGUCCUGCACAGCAAGGUUGGAUGUGUACACUCAGUGGCAACAACAACCCCAGACCACCAAGCCAAAGAAAGUGCGUCCCUCAGCUAGUCGAUAUGCAGCACUUUCUGACCAAGGACUAGACAUCAAAGCUGCAUUUCAGCCAGAAGCAAACCCAGGACAUCUGACACUGCAAUCUGGAUUGGUAGAAAGUGAUGAUCUGUAGAUCUUAGCUAUCAGGUCUACCAUUUUCUUUCACAGUGAAAACACUGAAAGCCAUUGUCUUGACCAAUGAUAACUUAUGCCACUUUAUGUGAAAAGCAAACACUUUUGUGUGCAAAAGAUAAAAAACACCUGAAUCAUCUAUUUCUUGCUCAUUAUAACAAAUUAAAGUAGGGAUUAUUAAAUAGAAAUGUACAGCCCCCACACACAAAAAUCACCUUCAGCAUAACCAUUUAUUAUAACUAUGUGAGUAGUACAAUUUUGAAUAAUCCUAUUCACAAAUGCCAAAUGCUGACGUGAAUGAGGUUUUUCAAAAGCAAGCACACAGCAGAACUUAUUACCAAGUGCCUUUGCCAGUUGUAGGUGCUAUAACUCAUAAUGAAUAGUGCUAGUCAUUUUAUUGGGCCACAACACAGCUACAAGUAUAUUGACAACACAUCCUGAUAAUGGCAGUGAAAAUGUGCAAUACCAAUAAAGAAGAUGAAGAAAGGGGGAGAGAUCUAAAUGAAAUGUGUAUCUCUGUAAAUGGUUUCCUAUUCUUAACGGAAAAGGGGCUACUUGCUUAAAGGGGCUUAGUAUGAGCAAGGAAGCUUCACAUCUGAAGGCUUCAUUUAACUUUUGCCAAUUAAGAAGUGGUUGACUUGCAAUGGUAUUGCCAGGCUAACUCAGCCAUAAAAUUUAAAAUCUGGACAUUAUGAUAGGAUUGUUUUACAGUGUUAAGUUUUGUAACAGUGGGAUGGGACAGGGGCAAAAAAGCCAGACCUUCCUCAGAGAAUGAAAAUGCAUGAAAAAACAUUGCACUUCUCUUUGAAAUUCCAGGGUUACCUAAAUGCUUUAAGUAAUAAUAAUAAUACUGGAGAUUUGCUUGACCAGAACCUAUUUGACAUAAGCAAGGAUAAUCAGGAGUAUAGUGUAAGUGGGAAAAGGAGCGAGUCUGCAAGGGUUUAAAUGAUAAGCACACAUCAUAGAGAAUAGCUGAGUAGAUAUGAGGGAAUGCAGAAUGAUAAAGAAAAUGGUGUUAUAUUUUAAACACUGCAUGCAUGUGUACUAGAUGUUACUUUUCGUGUUCUUGCUUACUGCAGAAUGAACAACCACCCUGCCUAUGGCUGUGGCCUUGUGAAGAAAGUAAAAAUGGUCAAAUUCCCAGAAUGUAGACUAGUUCUGCAUCUAACUGGACUUCACUUAGAUAGCAUUAAGCCAUUUCGAUUCAAAAUCAAUUUGAAUUGAAGGAGUGGAAGACUUCAGUUGGGUCUGGCAGGAAAAAAAUGUGGCUUUGAUGGUACAAGAGUAUUUUGCUACAAAAGGAAAACACUGUGUUCCUUAUACGAAGCACGUUUAUAGUAUUUAUAAUAAAAAUGUUGAAUCUUUUAUCUCAACUCAAGUUAUUCAAGUGCAGUACUUUUUUUAAAAAAGUUUUGUAUUAUGUACCACACCAUAUAUUUUGCAUUACUGCUAUACAUGUAUUGCUUUGCACCUCAUGUUAUGUACACAGACCAGGUUUUUAGUGGCUAAUAAAAACAUUUAGCACAGAAGAUAGUUCUUUUUCUACGCAAAUUGCUGCAAGUGGUUACGGCCUCAGUUAUAGGAACUUCUUGCAUAUUUGUACUGUCGUACACAAUCUGUCCUAUAAGACUGUCCUAAUGUCAUAUCAUUCGCUUACCAAAUUCUUCUCAAAUGUGACUUGCUAAUCUCUUAUUUGUUUAGCUUCACUAGUAGCAUUUUGCUUAUUUUUAUUUGUAUUUAUAAAAAAGUACAAUCAUAAUUCUUUGGAUUGUUGUGCUGAUAUGUGGGUUUAACAUCAAUAAAUAUUACACAAAU